AUGUCUUACUCAAGUUAUGCGUUUGAACGUUUAAGGUACACGUUAAAAUUUCAUAAUACGAUAAGGUCUGCGUUUGUUUGCUCAAAUUCUCCUGGAUGCCAGCAACGAAUGUUAAAUAAAAGUUUUAUUCGUUUGGAUAUAAGAAAUAAAGUCACACAAGUAGAUAGUUUAGCCUUACGAAAUUUGAGACCGUAUCAAAAAGAAUGCAUUGAAACAUGUCUUAGCAAGUUUCUUGAUCAUAAAAUUAACCGUCAAAUUGUAUCGUUACCCGUAGGAAGUGGGAAAACUGUUAUAUUUUCAAAUUUAAUUAAGCAAAUUCCAUCUCCUUUUCCCGGUGCUGAUAAAGUUCUUGUACUUGCUCAUCGAGAAGAAUUACUUGAUCAGGCAUAUAAGCAAAUUUCAAAAUAUUCGAAUUUGUCAAUUGAAAUAGAUCAAGGUGGAAGAAUUGCAAAAGGAAAUGCAAAUGUUAUCCUUGGUAGUAUGCAUACACUCGGGAAGACUGAAACAUAUCGUAUUGAAAAAUAUAAUCCUGCACACUUUAAAGCUAUUAUAAUUGAUGAAGCUCAUCACGCUGUUGCGGCUUCUUACCGUAGAAUCCUGGAGUAUUUUGGCGCACAUAAGAAAGAUACUCAUUUGCUGUGUAAUCUCAGAGUAACUACAAUCAAAACCGACGUUGAUUUAUCCAAAGUUAAAAGUUCUAGUGAAGAUUUUAUUGCGUAUGAUCUUUCCAGGUAUCUCAAUGUGGAAUCACGUAAUGAUGUUAUUGUGCGCACAUAUCUUGAACUGGCAGCACAAAGAAAAUCCACGUUGGUUUUUGGAAUAGAUAUUAGCCAUGUUGAAAGUUUGACGGAAAUGUUUAGAACACGUGGACUUAUUGCUCACGGUAUAAGUAGCAAAACAAAGCCUCAUAUUCGAGCAAUGAUCCUAAAAGAGUUUAAAGAGAGAAAAUUCCCUGUUUUAGUCAAUUGUGGUAUAUUAACUGAAGGAACUGAUAUACCAAAUAUCGACUGCAUAAUAAUGAGUAGGCCAACUAAAUCACCCGUACUCUUUCAACAAAUGAUUGGACGCGGGAUGCGCCUUUCUCCAGAAAAAGAAGAUUGUCUAGUGUUAGAUUUUAUCGAUUCUUAUAGUCAAAUUCCUGAUUUAGCCACAAUUCCGACUUUACUAGGAUUAGAACCUACAGUAGAAUUUAAAGAUGAGGAUUUAUGUGAAUAUAACAAAGAAAAACCUGAAAUGGAAAAACCUGAAAAAGAAAAACCCAAAAUAAUAAUAAAUGCGCCAACAAAGAUUCGUAUAACAGAAUAUAGUAAUCCUUUUGAAAUUAUUGAUGAAUGCUCAGGUGCACAGCAUAUUCAAAAAUUUUCCGAUAAUGCAUGGCUUAGAAUUGGAGAAGACUCAUAUGUCUUAUCAUUACAAUCCUAUGGAACAUUAAAAAUAGUAAAAGAAAAUGAAAAUCUGAAGCAUAAAAUCGUCGUCAAGUUACCCAUUACCAGUGACUUAUUAGAAUCCAUGGUACACGCUUGUGAUAAAUGGAUUAAAGCUACAUAUGGGUUAAAGUAUGCUUAUAGUGUAGCUUCACGAUUUGCUAAAUGGCGUAAACAGCCAUUAUCAAGAAACCAAAUUGUUUGGUUGAAAAAGAAAAUGGAUAAAUUGACUGAUAAAGAAUUGAAGCGUUUGAAUAGAGGUCAAGCUUCAAACUUGAUGACAAAGGCAAUUGAAGGUGCUGAAAAAAAUUGGAAAUUAAAAUUAAAACAAAAGCAAACUCAUGACAAAAGGAAAGACAAAUUAAGAAAAAGAAAGGAGAUAUUUAAAGUUAAA